AUGGACAAGAUCAAGAGCGUUCUUCACGGACACAAGAAAGAUGACACCGUCGCCCACAAUGCGCAAACAUCUCCAUCCACUGCUGAAGGUCAGCAACACCCUAUUUACGACCAAAUGAGUACCGGGGACGAGGGACGGAACACAACUGCCGGACACACAGGGCAGCCGAUAUACGAGAUCAAGACUACCAGUGGUGCUCCAUACACAGAGCUGGCCCAGCCAAGCGAUUCAGCAGGCCUUCACGCACAUGACGCUCAUGGGAGGCCUGCACAUGUUGGCACCGAUGGACCCAUUGGAAGUUCUACUACGGCUGCAACUGGUGCCCAGUACGAUCCCAGCAGGACCCAAGACAGCACCAGCACUUCGCAGCCUCUUCAGAGCGCAAACACGGCUACUGGAGCUGCACAUCGCCCUGAUGCCCAUCCUCAUGGUCACGCUCAAGAACCGAGCGUCGCGAGCAUCAAGAGCGGCGUAAUUGGAUUCGGUGCGGGAGCUAAUCAGGGACAUGCUGCUUUGUCGACACACAACCCCACUCGGGAGUACAUGGGUCAAGACCAAGUAGUUGGAGGUGGAGAUCCUGGGACUGCUGGCAUGACCGAAGGAAGGGGUGUAAACCCAGACCAGACACAUACUCAAUCCGGCGCCAUUGGUGGUGGGCCAUUAGGCUCUAACCCUGCUUAUACCACAGAGCGUCAACCUUAUGAGAACACUCUGCGACAGGAGAGCUAUACCGCCGAUACCGAUCGCUCAUUCCCUCUCGCGGGCGGUGUGAUAUCAAAACCUCACGAGGACCCUAUCUCCUCUCGGCACCCGACUGAGCACACCUCGACCAUUCACAACAAAGGCAUCAGCGAGCGUGAGCCAGGCACAAAAGAGAAGGAAGUUGGUAUUCACAAUAGCGACAGUCCCGCUCAUGACAGUUAUGGACGCGAAGGGCUGGCCGGAGCAGCGGCAGCAGCUACUGCCAUUGGCGCCUCCAAGACACUUUCACAGUCGGAAGAACGAGACGUCCAUGACCGAGGUCUCGAAACUCGCCAGGCUACGUAUGGAGAUGUUCCACCAGCUGCUGCCACGACGACUAAUCAGACCGGCAAUACCUCGAGCCAACCGACGUCUGAUUACCACCCAGAGGCUUUGACUGCCGCGUCUGUUGCCGCCUCGAGAUCUUCUGCCCUUCCAUCAUCUGCACAGGGACACGAGUACGGGGCUCAGGAUAUCAACCCAUCUGGAACUACUAAUUCUACCAUGGCAGGAGCUCCAACGACUGGGAUGUCAAGCACCGGUGAACGACCACUAAACCCCCGACUUGAGUCACAUAGACAUAUCCCUGGCGAAUAUAUUGCAACACCAAGUGACGAGAAAACGUUCCUCAACUACGCUCCUGUUAUCGAACCCACUUCCACUGGUUCAAGCGGAAACCUAACAAGUGUAGAGCCUACGUCCACACUGGACCCAUCUCACGUUCAGUCUUCCGUGGACCCUACGCCUACAAGCGAGCCUCACGAGCUUAGGCACACAGGAACGCUUGAGGAGCCCCAACCAAAAUCGGCUGAUGAACAUCACUAUGGUCGUGAUGCUGUAAUUGCUGGAGGCCUCGGUGCUGGCGCCGCAGGCUUAGGUGCCCAUGCAGCUUCAAAGAAGCACGACACCCAAAACGUCGGUAGCAAUCAACCUCUGUACGAAGAGUCUAGCCCUUACAGUAGUAAAAUACUCGACCCCCGUGUCUUAGGUGACAAGGCCAAGCUGGAAGAGCAGAAGUUCGAUGAGCAGAGAUUCGAUCCACGCGCCAAGACCGAGGCAGCCCCUGUCAGCGGCCCUCCGGUUACACAUGAUUCAUCUCAGAAUGUAGCCUCACAGCAUCACUAUGGUCGUGAUGCUGCAGUACUUGGCACAGGCGCUGCAGUAGCGGGCGGCAUGCACCACGCUCUCGACCGAAACGAUACUCCUGGCGUUGGUACUGCCGUGCUUCCUGACGACCCCUCUUACACUUCCACCACUGGAUAUAAUGUCGCUGCCCCUCAACCAACUUCGAACUUCUCCAAGCCCCUUCCUACUGCAGGCACGUCCGCUUCUCAACCGGUAGGACAUGACAACUUCUAUGGCGCGACAGGAGCUCCUGCGCCAAUCCCAGACACGACUGCGCAGCAGCCAUUGAGCAAUCUUACUCAGGCACCUGUCGCCACCACAGUUCCGGAAAGGCACCCCGAACAUCAUUAUGGUCGCGAUGCGGGCCUGGCCGGAGCCGGAGCCGCUGCUGCUGGUGGCCUCUACACUGCCAACCGUGACAAUACCGACAGUGGACCAGCUUCAAGCACUAUCGGACCUCAUUCCAGCAACGCUGCGAAUAUCAUGGAUCCUAGGGUUCAACCUGACCCGAGCAAACAGAUACAUCACAAUGUUGGACCCACUGCUGAGGACCCUGCUUCACGAACGAUUGGCCCGCACGACAGCAACAUUGCCAAUAUUCUGGAUCCCAGAGUCAAACCUGAUCCUUCAAAGCAAAAGGAACACACAACAGUCGGACCGCAUCAGUCAGACACACUGAACCGCCUAGAUCCCAAGGUUGAUGAAAAGGCUGGUCAGCAGAGUGGACAUCACUAUGGCCGCGACGCUGCUGUUGUCGGAAGUGCGGGCGCCGGCGGUUAUGGAGCAUACGAAGCUACAAAUGCGUAUGGCGAUCACAAGAUGACACAACCUGGAGCAAGCGAAGCUACAACUGCUUACGGCAAUCAAAGCAUGACACAGCGAGCGUACGAAGCUAUCAACGCAUAUGGCGAUCACAGGAUGACACAACCUGAAGCCUCUAUGCCGAACCAGAGAUACGACCCCACGGCUACCAGCGCGCGUGCUCCCAACCCUAUCUCAUCAAGGACCCAAUACGAUUACAAUGACCCUACUACUCAAAGCAAUGUCAAUCGUACUGAUCCUAACGACCACAUCAACAGGAAUGUUGCUCUUGGUGGAGCAGGUCUUGCAGCUGCUGGGUUAGGGGUAGGAGCUUACGCAGGAUCCAAGCAUAACGAUAACACUACUCAACUCCCUCUUCGCCAAAAACAAGACUUUACGUCAGCUGAUCAAUCUGCAUACCCGGUUCAAGGCACGGCGCAGUCUUCUUAUCCCAUACACGAGACCGCCACGAAUGAAUCAUACCCUACCUCAGGCACCAUCGCUCCACACAACACACAUGCUCAGGAUCCUACCCUUCAGCAGCCGUAUGGGGCUAGGGAUCCCACAAACGAGAACCACGAUAAACGCAAUGCUGCUGUUCUAGGUGGCGCCCUAGGCGCAGCAGGUUUGGGCGGUGCAGCCUACGCGGACUCUCAGCAUCAAGACGAGCGCGAGGCUGAAGAGCGUCUCAAGAAGAUUGCCCACGAUAAGGAGAAGGAGCAGCAUAGGCUUGACAAGGAACAGCACAAGCAUGACAAAGAAGUUCACAAGCACGACAAGGCCCUCGCAGCUCACGAGAAAGACGAGCAUCAUCUGACGAAAGAAUACGAGAAAGAACAAGCGCGUCUGGCCAAGGAACACGAGAAGGAGCAAGCACGCCUGGCCAAGGAGCAACAUCAACGCGAGAAGGAGCUUGAGAAAGAGAACGAAGGCGAGGAGAAGAAGAAGGGCGGUCUUCUUGGAUUCCUGCACCGUGACAAGUCCAAGAAAGAGAAGUCUUCUGCCAGCCCUGAGUCUUCACCACGCCAAUCUCGCGACUACAGCCCUAGGCACUCCAGGGACUAUGGCGACGAUCACCCAGACUCACCACGAUGGAAGGGAAAGCAUCUUUUGCACAAGGACCCACCAAAGGGCCAUCCUGCGCGUGAAGCUAUGGAGCAUCAGCAGCACCAGACUGAUCCAUACGGCUCUGCAGGAAAGAGGGAACAUGUUGGUGUAGACGGUCCAAUUGGUGACCCGAAUAUGAUCUCUGGCGACCGCGAAACUCAAAAGGGUGUCUACGGCGCGCAUCCCAUCUCCGACCUUGGCCACAACAACACUGUCACAGAGCCACAUACCGGUCUUCCAAUGAACACGGAACGCUUUGGCACUGGUGCCGGCGGAACGGAUGGUAACCCUGCUAUUCAUGGUCAGCAUCAACAUAAUGUUCCUGGUGCGACGUCGGGUCAAAGUGCGACAGACUGGGAGGCCAUCAGGAAGACUAACACGCCAUACUAG